AUGCAAACCCUCCCACAGCUAUGUCGUCGAGCCGCCCUUCCCAACAUUGGAGGCCGCUGUUUGUUCGGUCGAAAUGCGUUCAAUUCUCUGCGACCAUCGUCGUCUUCACGAGCCGCUCGCAAGCCUCCUAACAUGAAACCAGUCCGGGAUCGGCAGAACAAUCUCACACGGCUCACCAAGUCUCCAAGCCCCCUAGACAACUACUACAUAACACUCGCGCUCGGCCAAAAGCUCACUAAGCUGGGCUUCCGCUCCAUCCAAACCGUAGUCAAACUGUUCAAUCACCACCGCGCCGAGCUGCAGAGGGCAAAGAUCCACCAUGACCGUGCGGUUUCUACCUCUCUGCAUAACAGCCAAUGGACCCGCACCUACGAGGAAGCACUCACCUCCGAUGAGGUCGCGCUGGUGCUGAAUCCCAACGUCCUUCCGCGGAUCUUCGAAGCGUUUGGUGAAGCCGACUUCCACAGACAGAAUGUCGGCAAGUUUGCGCAGUUAGGUUACUACUCGCUCUGUUGUGCCUUCGAGGCCGGCGAUCUGGAGGCAGCUAUCAAAGUCGCGUUUAUCGAACAUCAAUCGAAAAAGGUAUCGAGCCGAGUGUCUGGGUUCCUGAAACAACAUGCCGCAAAGAUGAUCGACUGGCGUACCAUGUCUCUCUGGUGUGAACUAGCCACCGAGAUGUCGCACUCAAAGGAGGGUGCUGAGGCCAACUACCUUUUGGCCAAGAAGCUUGACGCCAUGCUCGAGCCUAGCAAUCGUCUCAUGUCUAGAGCCGAGAUGUUCGAAAGGUACAGACCAACAUGGAGCCUAGUCCACGAUUCGGCAAAUCAUUAUCUAUCACACUUCGACAGGGACGAUCCAGAAGGAGACCCGGUACAGAGGGAUCUCGACAAUGCCAUCCGCGACGGCGUGAAGAAGUGGAAAGACCCCAAGGCGGCACACGAGCUUCUCCUCAUGCCAGGCGAGGUCACAAAGUUCUCCGACCGGUGGCUGUCCCUCAUGACCAUGUCUGCCAUGGAAGGGAGCGCAGAGCAUUGUGUCAGGCUCGCACUCUACCACCUAGGCAAAGACGGCUGGCUCAACCACCACCUGGACGAGAACGAUCACUGGGUUACGUCUGAACGGAAAGACAAACCGAAGAAUUGGAUUGGCAUCGAGUGGCUUGGGUUGAGCGCAGCUCUGGAGAACACAGAUGCAAGUCUCAAGACGCGGAGAUAUCUCCGACUUGCGCUUCUGCUACGUGAGCAUGGCUUGGACAAGGACGCCAUACCAUGGCUUACAACUGCGAAAGAUGACCUUGAAGAUCAGGGACUCGACACCGAUCGAGAAUGGGUUGAGUACAUUGAUGGAUUCGCACAACAUUGGUACAACGACGAGUUCAUGACCAGGAAAUCUGAGGAUGAUUGGUUCCUGGAGGACUUUGAAGCCCGAAGCAAGAAUGAUGCAGUAGAGGAAUCACUUCAGAAGGGUUAG